AUGACUCGAUCAAUAUUUCCUUUGCUUCCACCGUACGGUGCACACAAUCCGGCAGAUGGGCGGAUUAUCCCAGCUCAUCCUGAUGGUCUCACACCAUAUCUCGGGCUAAGAGCCCGACUGUCCCAAGUAUGGAUCAAUCGCUGGACGAUCUUGAUUCUGCUUGUUCUUGUUCGAAUCCUUCUCGCGAUCGGCAAUAUACGAAGCGACAUGGCCAGCGCCAAACGGGAAGCCCUCUCGGCAUGCACCUCAGUCGAAUCCAUGGGCAGUGCUAUGGCGUCGAUGCCGCAUUACCUCGCGACGGGAGUCAACGAGCUGGUUGCCGCUGGUGUUACUGAUGCAGUCAGCGGUUUGAACACCAUGCUAGAUCUAGUUCUUACUGCUGCCGAAGAAAUGAUUCUUUUUGUUCUCAAGAUGAUGUACCAAACCUACCUCUGUCUGAUCACCCUGGCUGUACAAGGUGUGGUGGAAGCGGCAACAGUGCUGAUCGAAGAUGUUGUUGAUGGUGUGAACAAAACGAUCAAGGCUGCUGAGUCGGAUAUCACCAGUGUCGUCAAGACAUUUGAAACCGCUCUUGAUGAUGUGAUUGAUGUGAUCAAUGACUUAGGUGCUUCUAUUCCAACCUUGAAUCUCAACAGUUCUCUCAGCGAGCUGAACAGUUGGUCCAUUCCUUCAUCCGUCGAUACGAGUAUCAGCAAGCUCAAUGACUCGAUCCCUAGCUUCAGUACCGUAGAGAACUUCACUGAGACUGUGAUCAAAACGCCCUUUGAAGAUGUCAAAAAACUGCUGAACAAUUCCCUGGGCAGCUACAGCUUCGACAGCUCCGUCCUUUUAGUCCCCGCCAAGAAAUCGUUGACGUUUUGCAACGAUAACGAUGGAAUCAACAGCUUCUUUGACGGAGUGACAGAUGUCGCUAUUACCGCCCGAAAGAUCUUCAUUAUUGUUUGCAUCGUCGCGGCCGUCCUGGCCUGUGUCCCCUCUGCAUACCAAGAAAUUAGAAGAUGGCGCCAGAUGAAGGAGAGGGCACAACUCGUCCGAAAAGAAGCCCAUGAUCCCAUGGACAUUGUCUACAUUGUUUCUCGACCAUACACUGCUGCCGCUGGUAUCAAAGCCGCAAGUCGAUUCAGUAAUAGUCGCCGACAAAUUAUUGUCCGGUGGGCAGUUGCAUAUGCAACCUCAAUGCCAGCACUCUUUGUUCUCGCCCUGGCUAUCGCAUCCUUGCUGGCCUGCUUAUGUCAAUGGAUUAUCAUCCACGAAAUCUCAAAGGAAGUACCAGCGCUUAGUUCCGAAGUAGGCGAGUAUGCCGAAAAGGUGGUGUCAGCCCUACAAAACGCAUCAACAGAGUGGGCAGACAGCGCAAACGGAUAUAUUACAAACUUCGACAAAGAAAUCAACACGGACGUUCUUGGAUGGGUGAAUACAACCACCACCGCAGUCAACACAACUCUCAAUGUCUUUGUCGAAAAGGUGACCGGUGUCCUCAACGAGACCUUCGGAGACACAAUUCUCGCAGACCCAAUCGAAGAGGUUUUCAACUGCCUAAUCGGUCUCAAAAUCGCCAGUUUCGAAAAGGGUCUGACCUGGGUUUCGGACAACGCCCACCUCGAUCUCCCGCUAUUCCCGACCGACGUUUUCUCCAAAGGCGCAAACGCGAGUAUCACAAACGGGACUGCUGACGAUAGUUUCCUCUCUGAUGCAGGCGAUGAAACAUCCAACAAGAUAACCGAGGUUGUUGACGAUGUUAUUCAGACGCUGAAUGAAGCACUCCGUCAGGAAACCAUCAUCGCAGCAUCCAUCUUCCUCAUCUGGGUAAUGAUCGUUCUGAUGGGUAUUUUCCGCGCAAUGUUUCUAUGGUGGGGUCGUGACCGUAAUCGUGGUGAUGGUGGUGGUCAUGCUAUUGACCCUGUGCCUAAUCAUCCCCUGCCGCCACCAGAUUCUCGGGGCUUCACCGAAAUUCCUCUGACAGUCAUGCCAAAGCUUACCUCCGGGAGUGGGGGUGCUGCUCCAGCUUCAGCUCCGGUGUACCAGGCUAAUGAGGCAGGGGCUGUCGCUGUACCGAAGGAUCCAUUCCAUGAUGUCCAUGCGUAUCCCGAUGAAAAACUUGGGUUUGCCGGACAAAGGACAGCUCUACAAGUAACAUCAGAGCCUAGUCUGAGGCAGAGUAAUUAUGUGGAGUAUGAUGUGAAGGGAUGA